CCGGGUUCUUUCAGGAUGCUUUCCGGGUAGUCUCGCAUGCGAGUAUAGACGCAUAGCCUCCGACCAGGGUGAGUUGAGAAUGGCCUCACGGCCUACUGAAGACAUUCCCAGAUCAGAGGCCAGUGCAGGAGAUGGGCCAGAUGGGCCUGAGGUGAUGCAGGAAGGCAAGGAGGAUCAGAUAUCCUCCAACCUGCCUCCCGCCGGGCCGGCCACACCACAACGGCCGCACGAACUGCGUGAGCUCAGCAGCGAGGUGCCUCGAGAACCGUCCUGGCCAUCUGAAGGACCAACGUGGAGAAAUGCCGAAGCAGUCACCCCAACAUCCAUCUCGUCUGACAAAGCGGCGGCGGGUGCAAGUCAGCAAACGACCGCUCAGGGGUCACACCUGGGCAACACCGCGGCGUGGGACGCGGCUUCUCCGAAUUCCAAGGCAGAUUCGCCCCAGGCAGAGGAGCAGAGUGUUACGACCAAAAAGUGCACGCCGAAGAAUCCUUUUUGGAUUCAGCCCGAGGUUCCUCAGAAGAAAUCAGCACAGGGGAGUUGUGAGAGCAACUUUCUGUCUGGAGCCGCUCCACUGCGCUGCCUCAGCGACGUCGUCGACGCCGGCGAUCGCAACGAGAUCGACAUCGCCGAGGAAGAUCUAACGACGGUGCAUAUCAGCAGCUGGGAGCAACGCCUGGACUGGCGCAGCUUCUUAAGCGAAGCAGUGGCCGCCAGCCUCGCUCGACAAGCUUUCAUGAACUUCGACGUGGAGGCGGAGCCGCCUUCGUAUGCAAGACCACCUCCUUCUGCUCGAUCUGCGGGCUCUAACCCGGCCGGCGACGGCCGUGCGGGCCCACGCUGUGUUGCUCCGGAGGGCUCAGGUUGGCUACAGAAUGAACGCGUUUCACUCUUGUCCUCACCCACGAAAGGAAAAGCUGCCAAAUAAUGGACGAAGUAGAAGAACAUGGGCAACCGAUCCAGAUGUUUCACUCAUGCACAAGCUUCAGCUUUACUGAAGCCUUGCAAAUGCAAUUGGCCGGACAUCCUGCAUCAAGAAUGCCGAGGG